CUUCCUUCGAGCCCCCGCCCCCUCCCUCCCUCUUGCUGCCUCCUCCUCCUUCUUCUCCGCCCCCGCCUCCUCCUCCGUCGCCGCCGCCGCGCUCGAUGAAGCGGAGGCCGCAGCGGCCGUCGGCGCUGUCGCUCCCGCUACCGGGGCCGCGGCGGGCGGGGCUCCGGCGGGGCCCAGCCUAGUCCCCAGCGGUCCGUCGCUCCGCGCCUCGCUCCCGCCUUCCCUGAUGCAGGGGGCCGAGCUCCGGGACGGCGAGGCGGCGGCGGCGGCGGCGGCGGCGGCAGCGGCGGCCUCGUAUCGCGUCCUGAGCCGCCUGCUGGGCUACGGAGAAGCGGCCUCGGAGCCGGCUCCGCCGCCGCUGCCGCUGCCGCCAACGGCCCCGGGCCAUGGACCCCAGCCGCUGCCUCCGGCCCAGAGCCCGGUCCCGCCGCCGCCGCCGCCCUUCUUGCCGAGGCCGGGGCCCCGGAAUUCCCGGCCGCCGCAGCUGAUGGUGUUCCGCAACGUAGGGCGGCCGCCCGAGGAGGAGGAGGCAGCGGCGGCGGGACCUGGGCCGGGGCCCUCGGAGCUGCUGUGCCCCCGGCACCGUUGCACCCUGGACCCCAAGGCCCUGCCGCCGGGACUGGGGUUGGGCCUGGGGCUGGGGCUGGGGUUGGAGCGGGGCUGGGGCCCGGCGGCGGCGGCCGCGGGGCUGGAGGCCCACCUGGCAGCGCUGGGGCUGGGGCCGGCGGGCAAGGGCCCGGGGCCGGCCGGGGGCAACUGCCCGUGCGCCCCGCAGCUGCCCGCGCCGCAGCCCCCACCGCCCGCCGCGGCCCCACAGGCUGGCGAGGACCCCACGGAGACUAGCGAUGCGCUGCUGGUGCUGGAGGCGCUGGAGUCGGAGGCCGAGAGCCUGGAGACCAACAGCUGCUCGGAGGAGGAGCUCAGCAGCCCGGGCCGGGGGGCGGGCGGAGGAGGAGGAGGCGGCGGCCGAUCCGCGUCCCUGCAGGCCCUGGCCCCCGAGCUACCGCCCGCGCCCUUCCCGCUGCAAGACCUGGUGCCCCCGGGGCGGCCCUCUAGAGGGGAGCCCCCGCCGCCCCCGCAGCAGCAGCCCUCGGCGCCCCUCCGGCCGCCCCUGGGCACCUCCCGCAAGGGCUCGCUCAGAAUCCGCCUCAGUCGCCUCUUCCGCACGAAGAGUUGUAACGGGGCCUCGGCCAGCGGGGAUGCGACCGGCAAGAGGCCUCCGGGGGAGCUGGCUGCCUCCUCCGUGAGUCUGACCGACGUGGGAGGCCCCAGGGCCAGGGAGCCAGAGGCGGGGAGGAAACCCAGGUUGACAAGAACUCAAAGUGCCUUUUCUCCGGUCUCCUUCAGCCCCUUCUUCACAGGUGAAACAGUGUCACUUGUGGACGUGGACAUUUCUCAGCGAGGUCUGACCUCUCCACACCCUCCAACUCCCCCUCCUCCUCCACGAAGAAGCCUCAGCCUCCUAGAUGAUAUCAGUGGGACGCUGCCUACAUCUGUCCUAGUGGCUCCGAUGGGGUCUUCCCUGCAGUCCUUUCCCUUGCCUCCACCUCCUCCGCCCCAUGCCCCAGAUGCAUUUCCCCGGAUUGUACCCAUCCGAGCUACUGAAUCCCUACAUAACCAACCCACCCAGCACCUUCAAUGUCCUCUCUACCGACCUGACUCUAGCAGCUUUGCAGCUAGCCUUCGGGAAUUGGAGAAGUGUGGUUGGUAUUGGGGGCCUAUGAAUUGGGAAGAUGCUGAAAUGAAGCUGAAGGGGAAGCCAGAUGGUUCCUUCCUGGUACGGGACAGCUCUGAUCCCCGAUAUAUCCUGAGCCUCAGCUUCCGAUCGCAGGGUAUCACACACCAUACCAGAAUGGAGCACUACAGAGGAACUUUCAGCCUCUGGUGUCACCCCAAGUUUGAGGACCGUUGCCAGUCAGUGGUGGAAUUUAUCAAGAGGGCCAUCAUGCACUCCAAGAAUGGAAAGUUUCUCUAUUUCUUAAGGUCAAGGGUUCCAGGACUCCCACCAACUCCAGUGCAGCUACUGUAUCCUGUGUCCAGAUUCAGCAAUGUCAAAUCUCUCCAGCAUCUUUGCCGCUUUCGGAUCCGACAGCUUGUCCGGAUAGAUCACAUCCCAGAUCUUCCUUUGCCGAAGCCUCUGAUCUCUUACAUCAGAAAGUUCUACUACUAUGAUCCUCAAGAAGAAGUAUACCUGUCCUUGAAGGAAGCGCAGCUCAUUUCAAAACAGAAGCCGGAGGUGGAGCCUUCCACGUAGCGAGGGGCCCCCAUGACAGUUGUGUUGCUGUCAGGUAUUUUGGUUGCCAAGCUCUAGUUGCAAAGAACCAAAUGAAGCUACAUGGUUGACAAGGGAAUUGAAGAGCAAGUGGGAAGGAGGAACAGUCAGGACUUUCUGUACAAAAUGCUCGAUCCCCAUAUGAGGCACAGAAGAAGCGCACAACAGCAAAGUUCCUGAGGUGGGAAUGCCAACCGCUGGCCCUGAAUCCCCUGGUGGGAUUGUUCAGCUGAAUCAGUUCCUCAGAAAGGUGGAGAAAGUCUCAGUACAGUACAGUUUCUUGUUCAGAUGUUUUAUUUUUGAUAUUUCCUAAGAGCAGCUGGGGAUUGUGCCCAUUGGGUUUGGGGUGGGUUUGGGGAAAAGCUGCCCCAGUCAAUGAAAAGAAAGGGCUUUCAGACAGACCCUUUUACAUUAGCCAUGGUGCUCUGCAGUGGAGAAGACAUCACAAAUAACAGGGGCCUGAGGGAUGAUGGGAUGAGUAAUUUGGAGUGCCCUAAUUAAGAACCUUGGUAUAAAGAGUCUGCUCCUUGGAGGAGCUGAUGAAGAAGGAAGGGCGGACAAAUAUGGAACAAAACAUUGUGAGAAAGAAACUGACAAAUGGGUACUGUUGGCAAUGUAUUUGAAGUCUUUUUACACCUGUUUGAGGUCUGAGAUCUUGAAAUCACAUGCCUCUGUCAUUUAGAAGUUUUUAAAAUUUGCUCUACCUAUUUCCUGGAAUCCAUGACCUCAGGGUACUUCUGUUCUUCCUUGUAAACGAGGAAGACAUAAAAAACCAUAUUAGUUCUCUCUUCUCUCCUAUAGCAGCACGUUUUACUCUGGACGUGGUACAUCCCAUUGCUUCCACAAAGGAAAUAGUAUUUUUAUUGUUGCGUGAAUGGUUCAAAGCCCCAAUUGUGGUUUCAGACUCUUCAUGUCAGACCAUCUCCAUAAUUUAGGGUUUCCCUCCUAAUCCACCAACAUGUUAGAUGGAAUGAGGAUAGAGGUGAGGGACAAAACUAUCACCCCUUUUCUAAAGAUGCUGUCUCCAGAGUGCAGGGUCCUAAGACCUGGUCAGCAGUGUUAAAUCUUAUGCUUUAAAGUUUAUCUUCCUGUCUGAGCACUCCAUUCAGCUUCUGGACCAAGGAGGUACCAAGAAACCAAAUAGUGGCUUUAUUUCCAAACAUGGGGGUGGGGAUGGGGAGUACUGGAGAUCACUGCCCUCCUUUUCAUGAGAAGUCCAGUCCAGUGCUAAUUUGGAAGCUAUUCUGUCCGAUGGCAUUGACCCACAGAUCUUCCUGUUGAGAGGGAAAAUUCAGGGAGGCUUUUUGGAAGCUUAAAACUUGUCCCAAAGGUGGCAAUCACCUGGCUUUGAAUGAUACGCUUUUGAGACUGUUAUCAUGUAGAGUUGACUGAGUUAGGAUUUCAUAUUAAGAUGUGAGCUUAUAAAAUAUUCUGAUGUAAGGAAGACCACAGUAUAUAGAAGACUGUUAAUACUCUGCAAUAGGUGCUCCAUGAAACUGUCUCCACAGUUCCCCUGUUUAUCUCUACUUCAUCUUAGUGUUAACAAACCAAGGUUGUGGUUUCCUGAAAGUUUGGAGUAAGGCUCUUAGUGUGUCUCACUAAUUUGUAGAAAUACCUCAUUUGGAAGCAUUGACUACUGAAGGCUGAGGUGAUGAUUCCUCCUGUCACUUGUCUCCCCCCCCCCCCAAUGGCUUCUCAAACUAUAAGUCUUUAAAAGGACAUAAAGACACCUGGGAAAUAUGGCCAUGAAAAUCUGCUUUGCAGCAUCAGUGUAGCCCACCGCUCAUAUCACAAGAAACAUUUCCCUUCCAUGGCUUGAAGAGCAACACUUUCAAUGAAAAAAAUAGGCUUAGCAACUGUAAAGCUUGACCCUGAAAAAGAGAAUUUAGAAUCCCUUGUGGUCAAUAGAAGACAGAUGCUCAACCCCUAUUUUCUUUGGCUUUUGCUAAUGAAGGAUUCAGCUUCUGCUAUUUGUGAGGUACCGUGGGGAUACGAAAGGAGUCUAUAACCUGAUUCCUGCCCUAAGUUUAGAUAGGAUUUUGGGGAGAUAGUUUGUAUUAUGCAAAGCAUUUAGAACAUAGCAUGACAGUGUAGAUUCAAUUGUCAAAUUGUAGUACAGAAGUAUGACAGGAGUUCAGAUAACAGAGAGGUCCCUGUGGACCAGAAGCAGGCAGGGAAGGCGGCAAAGAUGUGAAACUUGAUGGUCUUGAAGGUUAGUGGUUUUGGAGUUGGUGCAAAGAGCUGGAAAUGAGUGUGACAUGUUGGGAAGCAGAGAGCCCCAAGCCAUACUAGCUAUAUACAUCAGCUUUGAGUUUUUCCUCCUUUUCAGCUCAUUGGUCCAUCGUUAGAGACCUCCAGGAUCCAUCAGCAGAUCUGAACACCAAGAGGGGAUCUGGAGGACUCAGACUGCUGAGUGGAGUCUAGGGGAGCUACUUUCCCCUUCCCUGGCAGCCUCACAGGACCCUCUGAAAUCUGCCAACCCUCUAUCGUUCCACAGGGACAGCUGAGGAAAGAAGGUCUAACAUUGCCCUCUUCUCUGAAGGCAUUUCAUUUUCCAUGGUAUUAUUUGAAUUCUCAAGUCCCACAUCAAAUUGCCCUGAAAAAUGGACAGUUCUCCCCAUUGGUCUUUCUUCUCCUUAGUUGCACGGGCAGCUGCCCUUGCUAGUAGCCUCUUGUUGUAUUAUCCAUCCCACAGCAGGGGGUGGGAGAACAGAAAAGGACAGGAAGAACCUCUUGGCCAUCCUCAGGAAUUGAGUCUGGAAAUGGCAAAGAGAAGCCGAGAAUGGAGGACUCGAAUUGCCUGAGGUGACCCUGAAAAAACAGGCCCAAGAGGUUGGAAGUAGAACAGGGAGAGGCUGAGCAGCUAUGCCAGUAACACAUGUCCUUCAUGCCCUCCUCCAGAUACCUUCUCAUUAGACUGACCUACCUACCUCUUCCUCAUUCACAUUAAACUCAACGAAAAUGGCAAGUUACUCAUGAACUCAUUUUCCCCCAUUCCCAUUUUCUUUUUUAAGUCAUGGAAACUGGAAAAGACAGAGGACCCAUCACUUCUGAAAGGGUUGGCUUGGGCAAGUGGUGUCAGUUGCACCCUUGAACUACCUUGCAGAGCAGACUCACUGAAUUAAUCCUCUUGUCUGUUAUCUACUGUAACCUUCCUUGGGACAGGAAUAGAUUUAGACUUAUGUGAGCUAGUGACAACUACUGCUAUAACUUGCUAUUACUUGAAAUUCGUAUGCUGCGAUGGGGGUGGGGAGGGUGGGACUUGUGGGGAGACACACAUCUAUCUAUGGGUGAGGACAGAUGGCUUCGAGGCUCCUGAUCAAUAACGUUUGCCUUGGCCUGGGGACCUAGCCCUGUGCCUAAAUAUAACGACUGGAACCCUCUGGAGCCUGAGCUGCCUCAGGGAAGGGACUUGGAAAGGGGUGGGGCCAACUCCGUUCUAUUUCUAGUAGCGCUGCUUAUAAAAACCCCUUCUCCUUAUUAAGAUUGGGAACAGUGUGGAGGUGACAGGAGCUUCCAACUCACUCUGCUCCCAAGAAGAGUUUGGGGAGGUCAGGGCACCCAGAAGAGGUGCUGGAGAUGAAGCAAAAGGAGAGAGACACAUCCUAGGAGAAGUCCCAGCCUCUCAGGUCUUUCCUCUGGGCUCCCAGAAGCUUUCCUGAAGCCUUCUGCUCUCUGCAGAAAAAUGUUUUUGUUUUCUCUUUUACCUUCCUUGUUGCCUCUAACUUCCUUUUGAGCUCUGGGGUUGAAAGGCCUGGCAGUGGUUCUAGAGGAUUGAAAGUCUGGGUGCAUGUCUGUCUUCACUUACAGAAUUGUUGCCCACCAUUUGGGGAGUUGGGAGCAUCUCUGUUGGGGGGAGACCUAACAUGUUUGCCCAGUGUUAAGAAAAUGUCCUCUGCCCCCAAGGGAGGAGCUUUGGAGUUAGACAUUUUCCCUAUGGGAAUCUUUUGGUUUGGUUUGUGGGGGGUGGGGAGGGUCGGAGGAGGGAGAGGGUAAGUGAUUUUUAUCUAUAGUCUCCAACACAGCUGGUCUUACACUGAAUUUGUGCUAUUGCAUACAUGUAGCCAUCUUUCUUUUCACUGCAGCAGUGUUUAUUGGUAGUUCAAAAUGAUUUAUUUGCUCCUGGGGAGUAAAACUUUUUUUAUUUAAAAAGAAAAAAAUUAAUGAACCAACCAGCCCCUCUCCCUUUAACAUGACCCUUAUAAUAAUUAAGGAUUAUUGGGUCAUAAUACUUAAGAAUUAAGAAAGCAGAGUCAGGUACAGAAGUCCUUGUGACAUCCAGUUACAACCUGGGGAAUCUGAUCCUUCAUGCUCAGCACAAUCUAGAGGAGGAUUUGGAAGUGAUAGAUUGGGGAUUGGGGGUGGGGGUGGGGGGUAAGCCACAAAGACAGGGAAGCUAGGGAUGCAGGUGCUGCAGUUAAAACAGAAAUGGUGAUGCACUGUUUUUUAAAGUUUUCUUUUCUGACACAAGGAAAACCUUUUCUUUACAUUCAUAUUACGUGGCAUUUCCGUAUUUGUCCUCUUCACUCCUUUUCCCUUUUCUGGCUUGAUGCUGCCACCAUGUUCCUUCCCCAUUCUUUCUGUUGUUCACCACUGGUCUCUUUUGAGCCAGCUCUGCCUGCUGGAUUUGUUGAUUCACCAUCAUUUGUAUUUCAUUUCAUCUUAAAGAGUCCAUGGAAUACUUCCCACAGAAGGGAAUGAGGCAGCAGCCACAAAGGAAAUAAGACAGUCAACAGUAGUAGGAUAGACUUAAAUAAAUGGCUGGUCGCAGCUGGACUGUGAUCUUAGUUGCCCCUAGAGAAGGAAUGCAAAAAAACCCCAUACUUUAUACCCUUCACCAAAACUAAAGUGGUCAGUCACAGACAUAGAGCCUCUGUUCAGACGCUGGAGUCUUCUCUGCCGUAGCUCCUCAGCCUGCAGAAAUGGAUCAAGAACAUCUAUCUACUUGAUUUCUCCCACCCAGGAUUCUCUCUUGGGAAGGUUCUAACCCCUAGAGUUGCACCAUGAAUCUUCCAAAGAACAUAAAAAUCUAGGCACUGGUCUCUUGGAAGAUUAGCUUGUUUGAAUGCAGAAACUGGUGUCGUCAGUGACAAAAAACCACUUCUGUCUAUUUGUGUUUUAGGGAAACUUUAAAAGUAGGCUAUCCAAAUCUGGGCUCAGCUUGUUUGCUACUUCUCAACCAGAAGCUUAACCAGUCCCUUCCCCUUCCCCUCCAAUGUUGUGCCCUUCUUGAAAUCAUCCUCACUACCACCAGCCUAAAGUGACCUGGCUUCUUUUCCCACUUAGUUUGGACGCAUUUUUCUCCCCACCUUCCCCUUAUUCCCUCUUUUUUGUGCUUAAUUUAUUAAAAUAGUUGCUGUAUAAUUUAUUUUCAUAAACUAUUAAAAUGUACUAAAUGGUUAAAAAUAGACUUGCAGGCCAAUCUUUAAGGGGGGGAGAGUAUGGGGGAUGGGGAAAAUGUUUUGAUAUAAACAUAACAAAUGCACUUUGGGUGUGUUUUGGUAUUUUUCUUGGGGUUGGGGGGUGGGGGGAUGUUUGGAUGUACCUGUAGAUUAGUUACAGAAUGGGGAUUGUCUGUAUAUAUUGUAUUAAUAGGCAUGUUUGAACUCUUGUAUUCAGACAUUAGUAGCUGCUGCAGGUCCUGUUUGGAAAUCCCAUGUAAAAUUCCCUGGUUUUUUGUAAGUGUUGGUGCGGGAGACAUUUGACUCUUGUGUUUGUAUCUCCUUUUUAUGACUGUUGUUCAGACCCAUGUCUUUUUGGGGAGGGGUGG